GCCAAAAAUUCGGAUAUUGAUCCUCGUUGUAGUAAGAUAGGGAUGCAUUUCUUUCAGUCGUCAAAUAUCUGAAUCCCUCUCUCUCUCUCUCUCUCUCUCUAUUUUGAUUUCUUUUCCCUAUAUGAAAGAUUGGCGUUGCGAAUUGGGGUAUAUGGGUUUCGAUCUUGACACAUUUGUAGGUAUGGUUGUGAUUUGUAUCAUUAGCUCUCACGAUGGUAGUCGCUGCAGUAACGGAAAGAUCCGAGCUUUUGCGUUCAGUGCGCCCGUUUGCUUAAUUUGUGCGAGGAGCUGCAUACUGGGAUAUUAAUGAAAGACAUGCUGGAAGGUUGGGCAGUUUUAAUAAUAAAAACUUGAUGGCUACUGACUCAAAGUGCUUGCGUGUCAAGUUAGUACUGUUGGGUGAUUCUGGUGUUGGUAAAAGCUGCAUAGUCCUUCGGUUUGUUCGUGGCCAUUUUGAACCUACUUCAAAGGUAACUGUUGGUGCUUCCUUCUUAUCUCAAACAUUGGCCUUGCAAGACUCCACAUCGAUGAAGUUUGAAAUAUGGGAUACAGCAGGACAGGAGAGGUAUGCUUCACUGGCCCCUCUUUACUACCGAGGAGCAGCUGUUGCACUUGUGGUAUAUGACAUAACAAGUCUAGAAACAUUCAGAAAAGCACAGUACUGGGUUAAGGAACUUCAGAAGCAUGCAAGUCCUGGUAUCAUCAUGGCUUUGGUUGGUAAUAAGGCCGAUCUGCAUGAGAGUAGGGCUGUAUCGUUCCAGGAUGCUAUGGAAUAUGCUGAGAAGAAUGGUAUGUUCUUCAUUGAGACAUCAGCAAAGACAGCUGACAAUAUCAAUCAACUCUUUGAGGUUUUGAUUGAAGCUUAAAGUUGAAGCAUGUACAGUGAGCUGACCGAAUCAGGGGUGGUCUCCUGUGGUGGCUCUAAUCCCAAAGGAGCUAUACUGGGCCAAACCCAGCGAGAUCCAACAUCUCAGCAAUAUGCAUCUGCACAGUUAUUUGCUGUGAGCAACAUUCCUUGUUAUUUCAGGAGAUUGCAAGGAGGAUUCUUCGGACAUCUUCCUAACCAUUAUGUGGAUCCGACUCACAUGAGAUUAACUAUUGCUGUGUAAAAUCAUAGUAUAUUUGUUUCUAAUAUUGAUUAUACUUGCGUGGCAUUACUUUACAACUACUAUCAUACAUUUCUUUUAUAAUUUUU